UGGCCAGGCGGCUCGGACAGAGCAGGGCUUUCUUUACCAGUGGAUUUGUGUAGAAUACACUGCCAGUCUCUUGUCUUCUAUUCACCAUGGCUUCUUCUGAUAUUCAGGUGAAGGAACUGGAGAAGCGAGCCUCAAGCCAGCUGAUUCUCAGCCCUCAGUCAAAAGAAUCUGCCCCUGAUUUCCCCCUUUCCCCUCCAAAGAAGAAGGAUCUUUCCCUGGAGGAAAUUCAGAAGAAAUUGGAAGCUGCAGAAGAAAGACAUAAGUCCCACGAAGCUGAGGUCUUAAAGCAGCUUGCUGAGAAACGAGAGCAUGAGAAAGAAGUGCUUCAGAAAGCAAUAGAAGAGAACAACAAUUUCAGCAAAAUGGCGGAGGAGAAACCGACCCAUAAGAUGGAAGCUAACAAAGAAAACCGAGAGGCACAGAUGGCUGCCAAAUUGGAGCGUUUUCGAGAGAAGGAUAAGCACGUGGAAGAGGUGCGGAAGAACGGAGUCCAGAGAUCCUGCUGAUGAGACUGAAGCUGACUAAUUUUCUUCUGAGAACUGACUUUCUCCCCUUCCCCUUCUUAAAUAUCCAAAGACUGUACUGGCCAGUGUCAUUUUAUUUUUUUCCCUCCUGACAAAUAUUCUAGAAGCUGAUGUAGGACUGUAUAGGUAGAUCAGACUGUAAGAUGACAUUUUAGGGGCUAAAAGGGAGAAACUAAAAGUGUUUUACUCUUUUUCUAAAGUGUUGGUCUUUUUAAUGCAGCUAUUUUUCUUGUUGCAUCUUUUCUACUUCAGUACCCUUGGUGUACUGGGUUAAUGGCUAGUACUGUAUUGGCUCCGUGAAAACAUUUGUGAAAAGAGUAUGUAGUG